CAUCAUGGCCAAGAAAGGCUCCAAUCAUUUUGUCGAUUGUGUGCUCGGCGAGCUAGACAGCGAGGUUGAAGAUUGAAGCGUGACCAUCUGCAUGGCGGCCAACAUCAACAUCGUCAAGGUCGUGAAAAAAGCGGCCGAAAGAAAGCGGUUUGCUGAGGCGACCAAAAAAGCGCGGGAAGAGGAGGCAGCCCGACACACACAACUAAAUCUCCCGCCAGUUUUCAAUAAACGUCACUUUUGCAAAGGCGAUGUCAUAGUGACGUCUGAGGCACGACGUAUCAUGGUGAAGAACAGCUUGUCAUUCAUGACGGAUGACCAACCUUUGACUCGAAAUGAGAUCAGCGCGAUGCGGUGUGUAGUGGACGGUUUGAGACUAAUCCAUAAAGGAGUAGACUAUGUGAAAGAUUGCCUUGCACAGUGUGUCACGUUUGAGAAGCAUAAUCCAUUCCAGUACGUCACAAAACAACAGCACGAGUCGUCUCUCUCGUGCUAUUACAUCCUCCACGGGUCAGUCGAGGUGACGUAUGACUUCAGUGUCUCAAAUAGCCUGCAGGUGUUCGAGCCAAACAUAAUCUACACCCACACAUCUGGGGAGUAUUUGGGUUUGGUGAGGGCGGAGGAGGACGUGCAAGACAUCUCACCCCCUGCUACAGUCUAUACGAAGGAGCCGUGUGAAUGUCUGAGGGUCGACAGGCUCAAGUUUCAUCGGACUAUUUCCCGGACUCGGGUCAAUGAUAUCCAGGAGAAGGAGAAUUACAUGGCCGACAAGAGGUGUGUCCUCGCGGACCUGACCGCAGAGGAAAGGACUAAACUUGUACCUAAGUUACUGAAGGUGGAGUUUCCUCCAAAUAAAGUAAUUAUCAGACAGGGUGCUACGGACGGCGAAUUUGUCUACUUCAUAAUCUCUGGUCGGUGCAAAUUCUUCAGGAACGUCAUUCUACUCGAAUCAGACAAAGAGGUCAUCUUCGAGUUGGACAAGAUUGAAGAAGGCGCCUUGUUUGGUGAGGAGUGUGUCCUUGACCCCGGUCAGCCAUGCCCAUGUAGUGUCGUCACUUCCUGUUUGACCACGUGCUAUAAAAUCAACAGGUGUGAGUUCAAAUUAAAAGACACAGAGCAUCUUAUCCAGCUUCUGACCAACCAUCGUCACGUGUUGCCUAGCGACGAGAUGCUCCGUAACUAUGGUUACAGUGAGACGCUAUGGAAGUCCUACCGGGAAAGCCAGGUCCAAGACGUGGUGGCCGGAGACGCGAAGCCUCAUUUUGAUAAUGGAAGGGAGAUACUCAGGUUACAGAAGAACAGACAGGUUUCACUUUCAUUUGAUGACACGCCUAAAAAACGAGGUAUCUACUCUUUCUUGAUCAACGAACCUAAAGGUCAGAGUUCAAGAAGUUCAAGGACGCAAUCAGCCCGAUUGCCGCUGGUAAAUCCAAGUGUCUUCCAACCUGCUCCGGCGAACAGAAACAGGUCGAAAUCUGCUGCCUCAAACAACACGGAAAACAAAGUGUCUGCACUCAAACCGAUUUCGCCGAGUGACGUGGACCAGAAGCUUCAACUAGAAUUCAUACCGAAGCUCAUGAAAAAUAAAGGUGGACACAGCAAGGAUUUUCUGCUAAAGGUUGUCGAAGAAUACUCCAAGCUCCACACCCGCUCUAUAUGUAGCCAGGGUAGCCGAGAAAAGGGUCCCGAUAUAGACGCCAGGGACUUGAUCCGCCGCUUUAGACUCUAUCAGAAUCCGGAAGAGGUCAGGAGAGCCAAGUGGUUGUUUGCCGCCGAGACCAUUGACUACAACAUACUGCUGACCAACAGUUAUCCUAUAGAAGUGGACACAAAGGCUAUGAUCAAACGAGCUGCAGCCAUCUCCGAGCAAUACACGGAGAAGUUGAAGGCGAAGAGGCAGCAACCGGAGCCCCAGGAAAGCUGGUGCACACCUAUACACGAGGAGCGAGAGACGGCGAAAACACAGAUGGCUUUCGACAGAUUCCGCACCGAGAUUCUGCGCCGGCGCCUCCACAAACAGAAGGAGACCAAAGACAGCACGUCAUUCUUAAAACAUUUCAUCAAUGCGGAGAGGAGCUACGAGGAUAAGAUUAACACGACGGAGGAUGAUGGGGUGAAGGCAGAUGAUGCGGAUUCAAAGACACCAAAAAUGACCCGCCGGGAUACGAGAUCGUUGUUCCUACGUCGGUCUAAUCCACGGAACCGGACAAGCAGCGGGUUGGACCUCCGUUUGAAUUCUACGAUCGGGACUACCACACCUAGCAGUAGCAGUAUACCGUUUCCUCGGCUUAAGCGGGUGCGAACAGCAUCGGUCAUCAGUCUGGGUCCACAGCUUCCGCACACGACAAGCCCAAGAAAAGCCAAGACACCGGGAGCCAAGAAUCAGACAAGUCAUUUUGAUUUUUCUGAUACGACGACAGGCCGCCGACCUAGGUCCCUGUCCACCACAAUAUAGAGUUAG